AUGGACACCCAACCCUCUACAUCGUCGGGCGAGAUGGAUCAACGACGGAAGGACGCUCUGAAGGCUUACCGUGCGAAAAUGAAAGACCAUGAAACCAAUAGCGAGGGGUUGAAGAACCUCAGGUUCUCCCUCAAAGAUCUGGAGAGGGCGUACAGCAAGACGGAGGAUGAUAUAAAGGCCGUUCAGUCGGUCGGCCAGAUUAUUGGCGAAGUCAUGAAGCAACUAGACGACGAGCGGUUUAUCGUCAAAGCGUCGUCAGGACCGCGCUAUGUUGUGUCAUACAGACCGACUCUUCCUGUGGCGAAGCUCAAGGCUGGGACACGAGUGUCGCUAGAUAUGACAACACUAACUGUCAUGCGGAUAUUGCCUCGCGAAGUUGACCCAUUGGUAUAUAAGAUGAGCUUGGAGGAUCCCGGAGGAGCUUCGUUUGCUGGUAUAGGUGGACUUGGGGAACAAGUGCGGGAGUUGCGUGAGAUCAUCGAACUACCUCUUCUCAACCCAGAACUCUUCCAACGCGUGGGGAUCAAACCACCAAAGGGUGUCCUACUCUAUGGGCCACCAGGAACAGGGAAGACACUGCUCGCGCGUGCCGUCGCUGCCACACUCCAAACCAAUUUCCUCAAAGUCGUCUCCUCAGCAAUCGUCGACAAGUAUAUCGGCGAAAGUGCUCGUGUUGUCAGAGAGAUGUUUGGAUACGCUAGGGAUCACGAGCCGUGUGUUAUAUUCAUGGAUGAAAUCGACGCCAUCGGCGGACGACGGUUCUCGGAGGGUACCAGUGCUGAUCGCGAGAUUCAGAGAACGCUGAUGGAGCUUCUGAACCAAAUGGAUGGCUUCGACUCACUCGGACAAACGAAGCUCAUCAUGGCUACAAAUCGACCAGAUACCCUUGACCCUGCAUUACUUCGUCCUGGACGACUGGACCGCAAAAUCGAGGUUCCUCUACCAAACGAGCAGGCGCGACUGGAGAUCCUGAAGAUCCACGCCAAACCUGUCAACAAGAGCGGUGACAUUGACUACGAAGCUAUCGUCAAGCUGUCCGAUGGUUUCAACGGUGCCGACCUACGGAAUGUGAUCACCGAGGCUGGAAUGUUCGCCAUCCGUGACGAUAGGGAAUAUGUGACCCAGGAAGAUCUCACAAAGGCGGCAAGGAAAGUCAGCGACGCGAAGAAACAUGAAACGAAAAUGGAAUACUCUAUGAAGUAG